UUAGCUAACAACGGUGGCUUUAACGUGAAUCACGAACUUGGAAUAUUGGUUUUUUGAACUUGUAGGUUAUGUCUUUUGUAAUAAAAUCUAAUAAUUGUUUAUUCAUUUAAUAAACAAUGGUCUGAAGAUACGAUCCUGUUUUGUGAACGAAUCAAAUUUUAUGAAAAAGUCCACUUAGUAAAAACAAAACGAAAAUGUCUAUCGAAAUAGAAUCAGCAGAUGUAAUUCGCCUUAUACAGCAAUACUUGAAAGAAUCAAAUCUUAUUCGAACAUUACAAACACUUCAGGAAGAAACGGGUGUCUCGCUUAACACUGUUGAUAGUGUUGAUGGUUUUUGUGCGGACAUUAAUAAUGGUCAUUGGGAUACUGUAUUAAAAGCAAUUCAAUCUUUAAAGCUACCAGAUAAAAAGCUAAUAGAUUUGUAUGAACAAAUUGUUCUGGAGUUAAUUGAGUUGCGAGAAUUGGGUGCUGCUCGAUCUUUGCUUAGACAGACCGAUCCUAUGAUUAUGAUGAAGCAAAAUGAACCAGAACGUUACAUUCAUUUAGAAAAUUUACUGGCACGUUCGUACUUUGAUCCUCGUGAAGCAUAUACAGAUGGUAGUAGCAAAGAAAAAAGGCGGGCUGCAAUUUCGCAUGCAUUAUCGGGAGAGGUUUCGGUUGUGCCUUCUUCACGUUUACUAGCUCUGUUGGGUCAGGCACUCAAAUGGCAACAACAUCAAGGCCUGUUACCACCUGGUACUACCAUCGAUUUAUUUAGAGGUAAGGCGGCAAUUAAAGAACAGGAAGAUGAACAAUUCCCGACGCAAAUGGGAAAACAAAUUAAAUUUGGACAAAAAUCGCAUGUUGAGUGUGCCCGUUUUUCACCUGAUGGUCAAUAUUUAAUUACUGGAAGUGUUGACGGAAUUAUCGAAGUUUGGAAUUUCACCACUGGUAAAGUAAGAAAAGAUCUAAAAUAUCAAGCUCAAGAAAACUUUAUGAUGAUGGAACAUGCUGUUUUAUGUAUGUCAUUUUCACGUGAUAGUGAAAUGUUAGUAACUGGUUCACAAGCUGGUCGUGUAAAAGUCUGGAGAAUUAGCUCAGGUCAGUGUUUACGCAAGAUUGAGAAGGCACAUUCCAAAGGAAUUACUUGUUUACAAUUUUCUCGCGAUAACAGUCAGGUCCUUAGUGCAUCAUUCGAUCAUAAUGUUCGAAUACACGGUUUGAAAUCGGGAAAGGUCUUAAAGGAGUUCCGGGGACAUACUUCGUUUGUUAAUGAAGUAAUAUUUACACAAGAUGGACAUAAUAUUUUGAGUGCAUCAUCGGAUGGUACCGUUAAAGUUUGGAGUAUUAAAACAACAGAAUGCAUUAACACAUUUAAAGCCCUUGGAGCUGCCGAUAUAACAGUAAAUAACAUUCAUAACUUCCCCAAAAAUCCUGAACACUUUGUUGUGUGUAAUCGAAGCAAUAGUGUAGUGAUAAUGAAUUUGCAAGGCCAAAUUGUAAGAUCAUUUUCUAGUGGGAAAAGAGAUGGUGGAGAUUUUGUGUGUUCGACAACAUCGCCUAGAGGUGAUUGGAUUUAUUGUGUUGGAGAAGAUAUGGUUUUGUACUGUUUCUCUACAAAUUCAGGAAAAUUAGAAAGAACCCUUAAUAUUCAUGAGAAGGAUGUAAUAGGGAUUGCCCAUCAUCCAAACCAAAACUUGAUAUGUUCAUAUAGUGAAGAUGGUUUAGUACGCCUUUGGAAACCAUAAAUUCGCAUCAUAUUAAAUUUUGACUGGAUUGUGACUGUGCUCCAAAGUUUAACAAAAGAGUCGAUUUUUAUAUUUAAUACAAUUGUAAUGUAAUUGGAAGUAAAAAUAAUUUGGGUUUAAUUUCAUUAGUAGGUACCCAUAUUAUGCGUCGGCUAAUGCGACAUGUAAAAUCCUUUUCAUAAUGGAGCGUUUCAGACGGUGAUAUGUACCGUUUGAUAUAUUUCUUCAGAUGUACACCUUUUCUUUAAGUUGUUCUCGUACGGACGUUCCGGUAGGCGAUAUGCUUGGUGACAUCGUAGCAUUUGGAAAUAAAUACAUUUCACUAUCUAUAGUUAUUGUUAAUUGAUAUCUAAAUUUACUACGUACAAAUAUAGAGAUAUUUUAUUAUA